CACCCACACGAUGCCAGGGCGGUAGGACACAUGGUCAGCGCACCUUUUUAUUGAAAUUAUUACCCCCUGCUAACACAAAACAAGUCCCCUAUCCAGAGAUAUUUCGAUCAGUUGGUGAAAAUAAUGCUUUCUUUUGCCACCAGGCCCCGCGUUCUUAUUGGCUAUGGCGCGUCAUGUGACCAGGAAUUGGCUGCAAUUUCGCCCAUAGUCUUCAGUUUAGUAGACCAAGGUCCCCAUACGCUAGUAAUAUCACCAAUAUACACAAUUAUUAAAGCCCGCAAAUACGCCAUAGCGGGGCGCAAAUAAUCUCUCGUUUUUGUUUCUUUUUGCUGUUUGAUAUCUCCGUCCGCUUUGUGACCAAGAGAAGCUAUGAAUUUUGAAUUUGAGAGGGAGAUUGGGUUCAUAAACAGCCAGCCUUCCCUCGCUGAGUGCCUGACGUCUUUCCCCGCUGUCCUGGAGUCAUUUCAAACUUCAUCAAUCAAGGACUCGACAGUAAUUCCUCCUCCUUUCGAGCACACCAUACCCAGCUUGAGCCCUUGCACAAGCAACCAGGCGCGACCAAGAAGCCAAAAGCGCACCUCCAAUGGCCUGCAGCUCCGGACUCCGCAGCCGCAACAGGGCCCGGUCCCGGCGGCCAGCGGCGGUACCCUGGCCCACGAGUUCCCCUGGAUGAAGGAGAAGAAAUCCUCCAAGAAGUGCCCGAAACCUGGACCUGCUACAGCGGCCGCCUCCUCCCCCUCACCCGCAUCAACCGGCUAUGCCAACGUUGGACUGGAGUCCCCGACAGAGGCGCAGGGCGGGUUGGACAGCGGCAGUGGCUCCCGGAGGCUGAGGACAGCCUACACCAACACUCAGCUGCUGGAGCUGGAGAAGGAGUUCCACUUCAACAAAUACCUCUGCCGGCCCCGCCGGGUGGAGAUAGCCGCGCUGCUGGAUCUAACCGAGCGACAGGUCAAAGUAUGGUUCCAAAACCGGCGGAUGAAGCACAAGCGCCAAACGACGCACCACAGGGAUGGACAGGACGGCGAUCCAGGGGGGUUUGAGCCCCUGGAAGGCACCGACGUCGCAUCGCCCUACUCAAGCCAGCCCUUGGAAGCCUCUGGGUCUGGCGCCGGAUCUGGACCGGCUUCAGGCUCUGGGUCUGGGACAGGCUCAGCUGCAGCCUCGGAGAGCGAGACCAGCGCCUCCACAACCACCUCCUACACAAACAGCAUUGACAAUAAGCAACCCACGCCUGAGGAAAAUAAGGCGAGCGGACAAGAGGCUGCCUCGGACACAGCUGUGCGCUCUCCCCCAUUCCCAACGCCCACUGCAGAUAACCCCGCAACAAUGGCAGAGGGGCGCGCAUCUGCCACCGACCAUUCGUUCACGGAGCCGCAGGAAGCCGUCUCGCUGCCCGAUUUGAAUUUCUUCUCUGCGGAUUCAUGCCUGCAGAUUUCGGACGCUUUGUCGCCCAGUCUACAGAGCUCCCUGGACAGUCCAGUAGAUUUUUCCGAAGAGGACUUUGAUUUAUUCACGAGUACUCUCUGUACAAUAGACUUACAACAUUUACAAUUCUAACGGAGGACAAAAACAUGAACUAGCCUACUUUACAUCAAUAACUCAAGAACAAUCGAACUCUGAAGACUGAUCGUUGUGUUUUAAUUUUGUUUUGAAUGCAUCUCGACUGCAACAUUCCUGCAAAUUUAUAGAAAAUAUCCCCUCAUCUUGGGUUGAAUUAUUACAAUAUUACUGAGGCACUGAGAAUUACAGGAGAUAACGUUUAUUAAUUGCCAGUAUUGCAUAUGUUUUAACCUAUCGAAAUCCCAUCCGGACUUCCCCCUGUCGAAAUUUCAGGUAUUUAUCUUCUUUUAAUUUUCUGUGCUCACAUUGUGCUCACUAAAUACCUUUUGGGGACUUUUCCAGUAAAGCUCAAUCGUUGAAUUCUCAGGAAACGUGUGAGACAGUGAGGAUAGCUGAACUGCUUUUAGAAAUCCACUCCUGGUUGGGCGACCCUAUUGAAGAAUUUUAGAACUAGUUUAUUUAUUGAGAUUCUUUAAUAGCAAAUUUCAAAUUAUUUAUUGUACAUUAUUUUCAUAGUUGAAAUAAA